AUUAUGCACAUCGAACACACACAGGCAUACCGCCGCAUACUUUAACCAAACGAGAUCUAUGGCGCUGAUAAAGCCGGCAAGUUUCUGCUCUGCGAUUUUAAGCAUAAAGAACCUGCUCGACAAAUAGUUUCAUAAACCAAGGGAAAUUCCUGCGCGUUUUUUUCUUCGACACUCUCCGCUUUCUCUGUUCUCUUUCUCUAUAUCGUUCCUUGUCUCUCUGAAAGGUGCGGAGAGCGAUAAAGGCGAGGGCUGUUUGUUGUUCGAUUUGCUCCGGUUUCAGUUUCUUAUUUCAGUUCAAUACCUGAAAUUUAGAGGUUUUCAAUCCCUUCCACUGCUUGCCAUUGCGAUCAGAGGUUUUAUUCAGAGUCUGAGCUAUGGCCGGGAAAUCUUUGCAUGCCAUUGGAAAUGAAAGCGAUCGGGUUCUCCUCCCCUUGACUGGUUUGAAUCUUUCUUGGUGCAUUGAGGACUGCUUUUACCCUACUAGUGGAAUGUUUGCGAGCAUUGGUCGCGCCACUUCAGGCUUUGGUAUCACUUCAAGCUCAUCAAACCCUAGCAAUAAUAGUGUAGGGAUUCCAUUUAGUGAUCACUAUGCAAAGUAUGCAGUACCUCCUCCAUUGAAUUGUAGGAUUGCCCUGGAUCAACAAGAUACAGCACUGGGAGCAUCUGAUGCUGUGGUAGUAAAAAAGGCAAAGAUCAAUGAGAAGAAAGAUGUCCUCAAAAUCAGGCUCAGAGUGCGUGAUCCUUCUCUUAGGAGCUUUAUUAGUGGGGGAAUUGCUGGGGCUGUUUCCCGAACUAUGGUUGCCCCUCUGGAAACAAUCAGAACUCACUUGAUGGUAGGGAGCAAUGGCAACUCAACCAUUGAAGUUUUUCAAAAUGUUUUAAAGAAUGAAGGAUGGACUGGUUUGUUUCGUGGAAAUUUUGUUAAUGUUAUUCGAGUUGCUCCAAGCAAGGCCAUAGAGUUAUUUGCUUAUGAUACAGUAAAGAAAAUACUGACACCAAAAUCCAAUGAGCAACCUAUACUUCAUAUACCUCCAUCUUUGGUUGCUGGAGCUUGUGCUGGAAUUAGCUCGACCCUAUUUACCUAUCCUCUAGAGCUGCUCAAGACUCGACUAACCAUAGAGAAAGAUGUAUAUGACAAUCUCCUGCAUGCCUUUCUCAAGAUAAUACGUGAGGAAGGCCCUGCAGAACUGUACAGAGGUCUCACUCCAAGUCUAAUCGGCGUUGUACCGUACGCCGCAACGAAUUACUUCACCUAUGAUAUGCUAAAGAAAGCUUAUCGGAAAAUUCGCAAGAAAGAAGACAUCGGCAACUUCGCAACCCUUCUAAUGGGUUCUGCAGCUGGUGCAAUCUCAAGCAGUGCUACAUUUCCCCUUGAAGUAGCAAGAAAACGCAUGCAAGUUGGAGCAGUUGGUGGCAGGCAGGUUUACAAGAACAUGCUUCAUGCGCUUUUGAGCAUACUUGAGAAAGAAGGGGUUGGGGGGCUUUAUAAAGGUUUGGGACCAAGUUGCUUAAAGCUGGUUCCUGCUGCUGGGAUAUCAUUUAUGUGCUUUGAAGCUUGCAAGAAGAUUCUGAUAGAUGAAGAGGAAGAUAAUAACUGAUUUGAGUCUCUACUUUUGCUGAGAUCAUAUUGACUUCUCAGGCCAGUUUUGGGUUCUUUCUGGUGAUUUUUUUUAUUGGACUUGGUGAGAUGCUCUAACUCAACAGAUAGAUUACUCUUGUUUUCUCAAUUCAUUCAUUUUAUUUACUAGUUUUGGUUUAAUUGGAACAGAUGAAUACUCUUUUUAAUAAUUUGGAACAUUUUUUUGUUGUAAAAGAUCAUUCCUGCUUGGGCUUCAUUUUUGGUGUAUUAGUAUUAUGCU